AUUCACAAACAAAUAUCCUCAUUAAAGCUUGUUUCUAUAUAAAGAUUCAAAUUCGAAUUCGAAAAUUAGUUUAGAACCUGAACUCUUUUCAGGAUGUUCAUAGCUCAUUUCGAUCUACAUAAUGCACAUACGCUCGACACAAAACUGAUUGAAUAGUUAGUGAUAUUACCUCCUAAGACUAGCACUCUCUUACAUGACAAAUCAAUAGUUAUAUUCUCUAUGCAAGAGAUAGUCGAAUCUUUGGAAUAAAUACAUACUAUACUUCAAGCUUAAUUCAUAUGUCAUUCCUGGCUAUACUUCCGUUUAUAUACUUUUCAAAAUGAAUUCUAUCGAAUUCAGCCUUUUAUUCAUAUUUUAAUGUAUUUAUAAUUAACCUAGGUGAAGUUAGCCAAAGAUUCGAGUAAAAUUAGCUAGGAUUCAUCCAGGAACUGUUCCAAGAAGUUCAAAAAUACAACUCGACGAGCUCUAUCUAAUGGUUAAAUCAGAUUUUCGAUAUCUAAAACUAUGAGAAAUAAAGUCUCAAAAUACUGGUAUUUCACUAUAUAAAUACUGAAUAAGAAUGUGAGUUUGAUAGCUAUACAAUAUUUCAAUGUCUUCAUAAUGAUUUGAAAAAAGUUAAUAUACACUGAAUUAAAUUCUUGAUAAUAGAAUCGUUGACAUUUUUAAUAAUUUUAAACUAGUAUGCUAAAACUGAAGGAUGAACCGUGAUAAUAGGUAUUAAUCUUUCUUAUUGAUGAUAUAGUGAAUGCAAGAAAUAUAAUGCGAUCUUUUUAUUAGUGUCAAAAGUAAACAAUAUCAUUAUUUAUGAAAUAAUUGGGAGAUAUAAUAGUGUCGUAACAAUGGUCGAUGCAUAUUUAGUGCAUUAUUGUAAUACUCAUAUUUAUGAAAUGAAUUUACUCUAUAAAUCUCAAUAUUCCCAUAGUGAAAUACGAGUAUUUGCCGAUUAUUUUUCUCAUAGUUUUAGAUAUCGAAAAUCUGAAUUAACCAUUAGAUAGAGCUCGUCGAGCUGUAUUUUUGAAUUUCUUGUAAUAGUUCGUGGAUGAAUUCUAGCUAAUUUGAUUCGAAUCUUUGGCUAACUUCAACUAGGUUAAUAUUGAUAUGUUUAAGAUAUAGUUCUAUCUAUCUCAUUGAAGAAGAUGAUUUAUUUGGUAAACUUAUCAAAUAUAUCAUGUUGGUUAAUAGAUCUCUUGUUUAUAAAAUUGUUUUAUUUAAAAGAGCUUUUUUAUUUCAAUAUUCGAUAUUUUUCUAUAAGUUUAUUAUUUCGAUUAUAAUUAAAGAUACUUUAGAAAAAAAAAAGUUCUGAUUAAGAAAAAAAAGAAUUCGAAAAAGUAGCGGUAAAUAUUGUUUACCUUUUGUUAAAUAAAAACGAAUUUCUAUUGUUAUUAUAAUGAAUGAAUAAAUAAAUAUCGGAUUUGUUUUUUUAAACAAAUAGAUUUUAUAGUUAAUCAUAGUCAACGAAAAUUCGACAAUAGGUUUAUUAAAGAAUAUUUUUUCGAAAUCUAUUAUAGAAUAUCUUUUCAAAAGUUUUUUAUGUCUCAUAUUUAUCAUUGACUCUUUAUUAUAUUGAAUAUCAACAAAAUUUAUCUUUUCAUAAGAAUUUUGUUUUUCUUUACUGGAAAUAUUUUACUAUUGAAACAAAAAAUCUCUAUUAUAUAUAAGAGAUUAAAUCUCGAACUUUUUAGAUUCACUUUUAGAUUUCUAAAAAUGAAUAUUCUCAAAUAUUUCUAGACAGAACAUUUAUUAAAUCAGAUAAGGGUUAUUUAUCAUUAAUUAUUGGACAAAUAUUUCCAUCAAUAGCAGCACUUUUUUUUUUUAAAUUAUACAGUUUUAUUUGCUGCUCGGUGGUUUUCACCAUCUCAACGUUAUAUACCAACAGCUAUUUGUUCAAUGGUUAAUCCAUUAGAUUUUAUUAAUCUUAUUCAAAAUCGUCAUUAUCUUAUUCUUUUAUUUGGUUUUACAAUUGAUUUAGCUUUAUUUAAUUCAAUAACAACAUUACUUUAA